AGGGGGCGGGACCGGAAGUUGUUCUCCGCGGGUCGCAGGUCCUCCGCUGGGCAUCCUCCCGGGAAUGUGGAGAGCUGGCAGCAUGUCGGCGGAGCUGGGAGUCGGGUUAGCGCUGCGGGCGGUGAACGAGCGAGUCCAGCAGAGCGUGGCACGACGGCCGCGGGAUCUCCCAGCCAUCCAACCCCGGCUAGUAGCGGUCAGCAAAACUAAACCGGCAGACAUGGUGAUUGAGGCCUAUGGUCAUGGCCAGCGCACUUUUGGAGAGAACUAUGUUCAGGAACUACUAGAAAAAGCAUCCAACCCAACGAUUCUAUCUUCCUGUCCUGAGAUCAAGUGGCAUUUCAUUGGCCAUUUACAGAAGCAGAAUGUCAACAAAUUGAUGGCUGUCCCCAACCUGUUCAUGCUGGAAACCGUGGACUCUGUGAAGCUGGCAGACAAGGUGAACAGUUCCUGGCAGAAGAAAGGCUCUCCUGAACGACUAAAGGUGAUGGUCCAGAUUAACACCAGUGGAGAGGAGAGUAAACAUGGCCUUCCGCCUUCAGAGACCAUAGCCACGGUGGAACACAUAAAGACCAGUUGUCCCAGCCUGGAGUUCGUGGGGCUCAUGACCAUAGGAAGCUUUGGACAUGAUCUCAGUCAAGGACCAAACCCAGACUUCCAGGUGUUACUGCGCCUGCGGCAGGAGCUGUGUGAAAAACUGAGCAUUCCUGUGGAGCAGGUGGAGCUGAGCAUGGGCAUGUCCGGGGACUUCCAGCAUGCUAUUGAAGUGGGAUCCACAAACGUCCGGGUAGGAAGCACCAUUUUUGGCGAGCGGGAUUACUCCAAGAAACCCACCCAAGACAAGACUACAACAGACCUGAAGGCCUGAGUGUCGGUGACACAGGAUCAGGGGCCAGGACAGCUGAAAGACUAUGCACCAGCCUGGGUUUUCCGUCUGGUGUCCGCAUGUUCCCAGUCACACUCUCCUGUGGCCCGGAUAGAAUGCUGAGGAUCAGCUGCGUUGAUGGAAACCACCCGUGGUUCACCUCGCUGUAGGAGGCUCGAUUCAAGCAGUGGCUUAGGCUUGAAUUUGAGGAGUUCCAAGACUUUAGAAUUGACACCAAGUCAGUAGCCAGGAACCAGACACUACCAGGAGCACCCCAGCCUCUAUGAAUGCCUUUCCUGGAGAGCUUCUGGGUUACUGGUGUCUAUAAUCGAGAAGAUGAGGGGGUUCCCAUUUGCCCUUCCACCCUGAUAGAGUGCCCUACAGUUGUUCUGACAAGUCCCCACUGAACACUCACUCGCUCCUCUGGAACGGGAUGACUUUUGCUGCCCUGGCCAGUGAUGCCUCUAGCCACAGCUCCUCGGUGGCACUGACCUGAAAUUCCAGGGUAAAGAGCAAUCGGGCAUUUCUGACAUCCUGCUGAGAAGAUGAGACUUGGAGCUUGGUCCUUGGGGACUACAGUGUUAUAGUGAUGGAAAGUGAGGGUUUCUUCUCGAUCAUGAUCAGUUUCAGCACAUGGUUUCAAAGGCCUGACUCACCUUCUUUUCUCUGGGGACUUAUUUCCCAGGUGUACUGAUCGCACCCCAACACACACACUUUAUUUAUAAGCCAGAGUUUUGCAGCUCUUGAUUGUUCGUAAUGUAACAAAAUCAUCACAGACCUGGAAGCAGCUGGGCAUGGUGGCGCCUGCCUAUGACUUGGCGUUUCGGAGGUACAGGCAGAAAGAACAGAUGCUAGGCAAAGGCCAAAUGAGACCCUAUCCAAAACAAACAAACAGACAAAUAACAGAACAAACUUGGAAGCACAAUUCUCCAGUGACCACAGAAGAGCUUUGGUAGGGGCUGUUUAGUUCCUGAUGGAUGUUCUCUUGUUUACUCCAGCCCUUGCCCUUCAUUUAGUUACCCAGUAACUUCAGAACCUGCUGCUGAAUGUAAUUUCAUAAAUUUAAACCAUUACGGUUCUUGUUCUGUUUCAAUCAAAGCUAGUGUGGUAUUUCAGAGUCUUAAACACGAAUGUGAGCUUGAAUUAUACCAUCUGUGCCAACUGCAAAGUGAUUAAAGGUUUAUUUUUAUGA